GGCAGUGACGGAGGCUGGCAGCCCGGAGGACUGCAGGCGGGGGCGUCAGGAGGCAGAUUCCGCCUCCCUGAAGCACUGGGGGGCGGGAAGGAGGGGGAGUGGAUCAGCGGCCGAGGACCCGGCCGAGAAGACACUGCGCUGAGGAUAUGGAGGGCGACGGGCUGCCAUGGGGCAGCGAGCCGGUCUCGGGUCCUGGCCCCGGAGGCGGCGGAAUGAUCCGCGAGCUGUGCCGGGGCUUCGGUCGCUACCGCCGCUACCUGGGACGGCUGAGGCAGAACCUGCGCGAAACCCAGAAGUUCUUCCGCGACAUCMAGAGCUCCCACAACCACAGUUGCCCCUCCUCCCCCACCGGCGGCGGUGGGGCCGAGCCUGGCCCUGCCGACGAUGUCGCCGAAACCGGGCUGCAGGCCGGUCAGCUGAGCUGCAUUUCCUUCCCACCUAAGGAAGAGGAGUACCUCCAGCAGAUUGUGGACUGCCUCCCCUGCAUAUUAAUCCUUGGCCAGGAUUGUAAUGUCAAGUGUCAGUUGUUGAACCUGCUUUUGGGGGUACAGGUGCUUCCCACCACUAAGCUGGGCAGUGAAGAGAGCUGUAAGCUCCGGCGCCUUCGCUUCACCUAUGGGACUCAGACCCGGGUCACCCUGGCACUCCCUGGACAGUAUGAAUUAGUGCACACGCUCACCGCUCACCAGGGCAACUGGGAGACCAUCCCUGAAGAAGACUUGGAGGUUCAAGAGGACAGUGAGGAUGCUGCUCAUGUUUUAGCUGAAUUGGAGGUGACGAUGCACCAUGCCCUCUUACAGGAGGUGGACAUUGUGGUGGCACCAUGCCAAGGCCUCCGGCCCACAGUGGAUGUUCUGGGUGACUUGGUGAAUGAUUUUUUACCUGUGAUAAUGUAUGCACUCCACAAAGAUGAGCUCUCUGAGAGGGAGGAGCAGCAGCUUCAGGAAAUCCGAAAGUAUUUCUCCUUUCCCGUAUUCUUUUUCAAAGUGCCAAAGCUGGAGAUAAUAGACUCCUCCAUCAGGAGAAUGGAGAGUGAAAGAUCACCGCUAUAUCGCCAACUAAUUGACCUGGGCUAUCUAAGCAGCAGUCACUGGAACUGUGGGGCCCCCAGCCAGGACACUAAACCUCAGAGCAUGUUGGURGAGCACAGUGAGAAGCUGAGACACCUGAGCACGUUUUCUCACCAGCUGCUACAGACCCGCCUGGUGGAAGCGGCCAAGGCCUUGAACUCCGUGCACUGCCACUGCCUGGACAUCUUCAUCAACCAGGCCUUUGACAUGCAGCGGGACCUGCAAAUUACUCCCAAACGUCUGGAAUAUACUCGAAAGAAGGAAAAUGAGUUGUAUGAAUCAUUGAUGAAUAUUGCCAACCGAAAGCAGGAGGAAAUGAAGGACAUGAUUGUCGAGACACUGAACUCCAUGAAGGAGGAGCUUCUGGAUGAUGCUGCCAACAUGGAGUUUAAAGAUGUUAUCGUCCCAGAGAAUGGAGAACCAGUGGGCACCAGAGAGAUCAAAUGCUGCAUUCGACAAAUCCAGGAACUCAUCAUCUCCCGGCUUAAUCAGGCAGUGGCUAACAAGCUAAUCAGCUCCGUAGAUUACCUACGUGAGAGCUUUGUUGGAACUCUGGAACGGUGUCUGCAGAGCCUGGAGAAGUCACAGGAUGUUUCCAUUCAUAUCACCAGUAAUUAUCUCAAACAGAUCUUAAAUGCUGCCUAUCAUGUUGAAGUCACGUUUCACUCAGGGUCCUCGGUUACAAGGAUGCUGUGGGAGCAAAUCAAGCAGAUCAUCCAGCGUAUCACCUGGGUGAGCCCACCUGCCAUCACUCUAGAAUGGAAGAGGAAGGUGGCCCAGGAAGCCAUUGAGAGCCUCAGUGCCUCCAAGUUGGCCAAGAGCAUUUGCAGCCAAUUCCGGACUCGGCUCAAUAGUUCUCAUGAGGCUUUUGCAGCCUCCUUACGGCAGCUGGAAGCUGGCCACUCAGGCCGGCUGGAGAAAACUGAAGAUCUGUGGCUGAAGGUUCGGAAAGACCAUGCCCCACGCCUGGCCCGCCUUUCUCUGGAGAGCCGUUCUUUACAGGACGUCUUACUGCAUCGUAAACCUAAACUGGGACAGGAACUGGGCCGGGGCCAGUAUGGUGUGGUAUACCUUUGUGACAACUGGGGAGGACACUUCCCUUGUGCCCUUAAAUCGGUCGUCCCUCCAGAUGAGAAGCACUGGAAUGAUCUGGCUUUGGAGUUUCACUACAUGAGAUCUCUGCCGAAGCAUGAGCGAUUGGUGGAUCUCCAUGGUUCAGUCAUCGACUACAACUAUGGAGGUGGCUCCAGCAUUGCUGUGCUGCUCAUUAUGGAGCGACUACACCGGGACCUCUACACAGGGCUGAAGGCUGGACUGGCCCUGGAGACACGUUUGCAGAUAGCAYUAGAUGUGGUGGAGGGAAUCCGCUUCCUGCAUGGCCAGGGACUCGUCCAUCGUGAUAUCAAACUGAAAAAUGUACUGCUGGACAAGCAGAAUCGUGCCAAGAUCACUGAUUUAGGAUUCUGCAAGCCAGAGGCCAUGAUGUCAGGCAGCAUUGUGGGGACACCCAUCCAUAUGGCCCCAGAACUUUUCACAGGAAAGUAUGAUAAUUCCGUGGAUGUGUACGCUUUUGGGAUUCUCUUCUGGUAUAUCUGCUCAGGCUCCGUCAAGCUCCCUGAGGCAUUUGAGAGGUGUGCUAGCAAAGACCAUCUCUGGAACAAUGUGCGGAAAGGGGCCCGCCCAGAACGUCUCCCUGUGUUUGAUGAGGAGUGCUGGCAGUUGAUGGAAGCCUGUUGGGAUGGUGACCCCUCUAAAAGGCCUCUUUUGGGCAUUGUCCAGCCCAUGCUCCGGGGCAUCAUGGAUCGACUGUGCAAGUCAAAUUCUGAGCGGCUGAACAGAGGACUUGAUGACUCUACUUGAAAGCAAAGACCUUUCUCCUCCAUUCUUUGUUUCUUUUUUCCCCCCCUCACCUUUUGGGCAUGGGGAGAAUUUGACUUUUUUUUUUCAUUAUAGGGAGCUCCUGAGAGACUGGUGCUUGCUGGUCAACUUAAGGCCUUCCUAGGCAGAGGUGGCUCCUGGACAGUGGAGAGUUGGAUGACUGAGCAUUCUGGGCGGGUCAUGGAUGCCCCAUCCUAUCCCUUUGUCAAAAAAGAUUGUCUAAGAUGUAUAAAAGCUGAGGAAUGUAAUGUUCUGGCCUCAGAACUAAAGGAGGCAAUUGUUACCAUUGUCUAUUCACUGUAUUAUGUUUCGAAGACAAUAAGUGGGACACUGCAGUGGCAAUAGUACUGAAAAUGUAUUAUUUUCAUGAUUUCAGCACUAGCUAGGAAUAGUUUGAUUCUACCCAAUGGUAAGGACCACUUAGAAAAUUUCAGUUUAGGUCAAGAUUGUGUUAACAUAGGGACACAUGACAAAACUUGUGGAUACCUGGAUCCUGCUAUCUGUAACCAGGAAUUUCAGGUUGUAAUGGUCAGAAACCCCAGUAAGGGAGCUAGAAACAAACCUAUAUUUUCCUCACAGUGCCAGUGUGUUUACAUGUAUAGGGCUACACAUCCCUGAUUCCUGGGAGGUUUCACUAUUACAAUACUAAGAGACCAAAAAAGAAAGAAAAGAAAAAAGUGUGCAUAUGUCUGUAUAUACAUAAGCUAUUGGAUUUUGAGUUACUGCUAACUCCAGAACAGAAUCUGUUCUUCUACCCUUGGGUCUUCCUCCCAUGCCUCUCCCUUCUUUUGAUCUUAAGGUGGGAAAGCUCCAGAUUACAUGGUACUUAGGAUUCAGUGAACAGAACUGACUUAAAGUGAGGCUGUGGGUAAGACCUGAGAGGGGCAACGAGGGGAGGCCACGGCCUGCAUACAGCCUGUUUGAAAUGUGCAUACCAGCUUAUUUUCAAAACUUUAAUCAGAAACUCUUUGGGGGGUUGAAUCUAACACACUAAUAUUUUUAAAGCUUGACCAGUGGUUAAAAGGCCAAGGUUUCUUCUGUCCUUUCUUUACCUUAUUUUAGAUAUGAUCUGUUAGAAGAAAAAAGGAACCAGAUGAAAGAGAAGAAUAGCUCUGUGGUAGCUCAGUGUGUUGGUGGCUGGAAGCUCUGCUCCCUUCUGAGUGGUCUUUGGUGGUGUUCUUAUGAAGUACACAUAGAGACAGAGAUGGACAACUCCAGUCAGAGGAAAGGGGAACAACUUGACACUGGUGCAUCUCAGGUCUUGACUUCAAGCCUUCUACCAACAAACUGUUCCAUUAGAUUUAGAAAUACAAGUAGAUGAAGAAAUUGUGGAGGUGAAUAGCCUCCAUCCAUCUGUCCAGUCUCAAGAACUCUGGUCUGGCCCUUUGUGUUCAUCUCCAAAGUGUGUGAAUCAGGUUCCCAGUAGGAUUGGAGCUGUAGCUCAGUGAGUGGCAGAGCGCUUGUCUAGCAUGGGCACUGGGUUCCAUCCUCAGCACCACAUAAAAAUAAACAAAGACRUUCUGUACAUUCAAAAAAAACUAAAAAGAUGAAUGUUACAUUAGCUGCUGGGAUUUUCUAGGUUUGUCUAUAACCGAAUGACCAUCCCUUACAUAUUUACGGAGUAUAAGUGGAGUCUAAAACAUUUUUAUGUAACUUUUAUUAAAGCUCGAUUUUAACUCUGGUUAUGAUGCAGUUGAGCACAAUAACCCUUAAGCACUGCAUCCCUUCAAAACUUAUGUCAUACUACAGACCUUUUUAUUUGCAAAUGAUAAAGGGGACCCAUUGUCUUUGGGUUUGCUGGUUCUGGCCUUGUUCUGGUAGAAUGUUCAGUUUAUCUCAGAACCUGAACACCUGUUUAGCUAUAUACUUCAAGUCACUAUUCUCAGCAUGAAUUUGUUGCCUUCUGGGAACUAUGAUGGGACUUACAGGAAGCCAGGUGUCAAGUUAAAGGAGAAGCAAGUAGUCUCUACAUGGGUGAAAAUCAUUAUAAUCUGUACUGUAUGAAAUUUCAAAGAAGUCUUAUAUAGUUAGUUCCUSUUGUCAGRUCUUUGUCUUCUAAACCUCAAGUAAUCAGAAGUCUGUACUUCCAUUGUGGAGACUACAUUCCUCACAUUCUUGCAGAGUCUUAGCUCAUACUCCAGUCACACAUGGGAGGUCAGAUUUUCCUACCCGAGUUCCUUUUCAUUUUAUCCCUGUGGCUUAGUCUGCUCUGAUACCAGUUUUCUAGCAAGUUCUCUACAUUUUUUUUCCCAGUGGGAGGGAGGAAGGGAGAAACUAAUGCUAAGUCAGGAGUUGUUUUACAGUUAAUUUUUAAAAAGUAUUCUGAGAAAUGGUGCAAGAUACUCCUGAAAGUCCCCAGGCUAGCCAAAGUCCACAUGGAUAUUUGGGGGCGUUAUUUAAACACUCAGCAGGCUGAGUGCAGGAAUAUAUGUGUAUGAUGUGUGUAUAUUUUACUUUUGGUUUAUAAAUUUGUUAGCCGAUUUUGAAUUCUUAGCUCGUUGGCACCCAUUAUUAUUAUUAAUGUGAUGGUAUGCCAUGAAAUGUACUGUAUUGUAUAUUACUUGGGAGGACACUAGGCAUUCAGAGAAGUGUGCAGCACUUAAAUGAUACAGGGCUUAGUAUGGCUGAAGAUUUUACCUCCCAGCUUCAGUUAGUUGUGUUCCCAAGUGGUAAGGUGAGAUUGUGACUUAGGGAGGAAGAAGAGUGGCAUGAAGAAUUAUCCUCACUGUGUUCAGUCCUUCUAAAGAAUUGAAUGAGGGCAGU